UUCAAAAUUAACUUAGUUGGUACCUAAAAUUAAAAAUUAGAAGUCGAUUUUAAGUUUACGGAGAUAUAAAUGAGUUAGGUUAAAGUUAAGUUAAUCAAAACAGCGAACUAGUAAGUUAAGUUAAUAGGUAAAAAUCAAUUUAAUUUUUAACUUUUUAACUCGUUAAUGCCCCAGCCUUGAGUAAACCAGUAAACCAUUGACAACCUAACGGAUUCGAGUACAGUACACGAAUGUCGAACUAUACUCUACGUCCUACAGUACUACUGUAAGGACCGAACUAGUGUAAAUUAAAUAUGAAGGUUAUAUGGGUAGUCGAUUAUAAACUGAUGCGCCUCUCCUGAAUACGCUACGCAGUUUGCCUAAAAUCGGCCAAAUGACGUGACAACUAGCUUUUACAGCGUUAUCCGAUCUAACUAUCCAGCGCCUUGUAGCGGCACCCGAUAAUUACCGCACCACCGAAAAACCGGCCAGUGAGCAAUCUUUAGUAUUUAUAAUCAAUGCUAAUACAUUAUUAAAUUAUUGUAGAUUCAACAUGGAUGCAACGAAUAAAGAAGAAAAACAACACAAUCCUAGAUCAGAAGCUAACAUUUUCGGAAUAAUUACUUUUAGUUGGAUUUUUGAAAUUGUCAAAAAAGGAUUAAAACAAGAUUUAAAUUUCAUCGAUUUAUACAAGAAUUUGAAUGAAGACUCUUCAGAGUUAUUGGGAAAUAAAUUACAAAAACUAUGGAAUAAUGAGUUGAUAAACUCUGAGAAAAAAAACCAAAAGCCAAGUUUUUUGAAUACGUUAUUUAAAAUGUUUGGAUCAACAUUCAUGUUUUGGGGAAUUUAUAUAGCAAUACUAGAAAUUAGUUUAAACAUUAGCAUCGGAACUAUCGUUGGACAUAUUAUCUCACAUUUUGAAAGUAGUUCAGCAGAUAACUCAAUAAGGAUGUAUUUAUUGAUUGGUCUAGUCAUACUUCUAGUAAUGAGAAUAGUUACUUUUUGUAUUUACGAAAUGGCAGCUGCACAUCUAGGCAUGAAAAUUAGAAUAGCAACGUCCAAUCUAAUUUACAAGAAGGCACUUCGACUCAAAGUAAGUUCUAUGAACCAAAUCUCUACUGGCCAAAUAUUAAACUUAAUUUCAAACGAUUUAAGUCGAUUUGACUUUGGAAUUAUACUUUUAUCAUUUUUGUGGAUUGGACCGAUAGAAACUGCUGUAGUGACGUACUUUUUGUGGCAAGAAGUUAGUGUCUCAUCAUUAUUUGGAGUAUCCACAUUGGUUAUGUUUAUACCAUUACAAUUAUGGUUAGGAUCAAAAAAGUCUGAAAUUAUAUUAAAAUCUGCCAAAAGAACUGACGAACGAGUUCAUCUCAUGAAUGAAAUAAUUUUAGGCUUACGAGCGAUAAAAAUGUAUACAUGGGAACCAUUUUUUGACAAUAUUGCAAAAUCUUAUAGGAAAAAAGAAAUCAACGAGAUUAAAAAAUCAUUUUAUAUCAACGGAAUAUCAUACUCGUUUAUUAUUUUUAACACUAGACUAGCAUUGUUUGUAACAUUGUUUGCAUACAUAUUAAUUGGAAAUAAUUUAACUGCAUCAAAAGUAUUUGUAAUAACUUCGUAUUAUUAUAUUUUGCAAAGAUUGAUACAACUCUUUCUACCGUCCAUAGGUGUUAGUGCUGAAUCACUUGUCUCAGUUAAAAGAAUCGAGGAUUUUCUUUUAAAAGAAGAAAAGAAUAGACAACCAAACAACAUUAUAAAAACAACAGCUGGUACUACACACAAAACUAUUAAUGAGAAGAUUAACGAUGAAAAUGGCACUGAACAGUUAAGUCGUUUCGGAGUAACAUUUAUUAAUGUUUCUGCCAAGUGGACAGCCUCUCAAGCAAACAACACUUUAGAAAAUAUACAUUUAACUAUAAAACCUAAUCGAUUAGUCGCAAUAGUUGGUCCAGUUGGAGCCGGAAAAAGUUCAUUAUUACAAGCCAUUCUACAAGAAUUACCACUAAUAAAAGGCAGUAUAUCUGUACGUGGAGUAGUAUCAUACGCGUCGCAAGAACCGUGGUUAUUUGCAGGUUCCGUUAAACAAAAUAUUCUAUUUGGAUCUCCUAUGGACAAAAAACGAUAUGAUAAAGUUAUAGAAGUGUGUGCUUUAAUGCUAGAUUUGGAGCAGUUUCCUCAUGGCGAUAGAACAAUUGUUGGUGAGAAGGGCAUUUCUCUUAGUGGAGGUCAAAAAUCAAGAAUAAAUUUAGCAAGGGCAAUAUACAAACAAGCAGAUAUUUAUUUAUUGGAUGAUCCUUUAUCAGCAGUAGACACAGAAGUGGGAAAACAUUUAUUUGAAAAAUGCAUAAAUGAUUAUCUUAAAGAAAAGACAUGCAUACUCAUAACUCAUCAAAUACAAUACUUAAUAAAUGUAGAGCAUAUUGUCAUAAUGGAAAACGCAAAAAUAUUGGCAGAAGGUUCAUAUAAACAACUGCGGGAAUCAGGUUCAUACUUCACAAAAAAUAUUGAAUAUUCAUCAGAAACGUCAAUUUUAAGUAGUGUGAUUGAUAAAACCAGUGCCGAUAUCGUAGUAAAAUAUUCUACGAAUGAAGGCUCUCAAAAGCAAAAUUUAAAUCCAGUCACUUCAUCUAUAAAAGAAAUCAAAACAAUUAAUAAAGAACACACGUCGCAACCGGUCGAAUUAGUGGAAACGCAUUCUACUAAAAAUAAUGCGUUGGGUGUUUUUUUUAAGUAUAUUUUUUCGGGUGGAAACUAUUUUAAAGUAUUAGCUUUAAUUUUGUUUUGCAUUCUCACACAAGUACUAUCGUCAGGUGCAGAUUACUGGAUAACUGAUUGGAUUCAUUUGGAAGAAAACGUUUUUCAAACGAUAAAUUCUUCGAAGUCAAUCAAUUCAUCUGCAACCGUUUUAUCUGAUGAAUCAUUGACAUCGUUUAAUGCAUCGAGAAAAUCAUGUGUUAUCAUAUUUGCAGGGCUGAUAUUCUUGAUUAUAAUUAUUGCAUUCCUCCAAUCAGCUUUAUUUGUAUCCGUAUGCACUGAAGCAUCUAUGACUUUGCAUAAUCGCAUGUUCUUUUCGAUAACUAGAGCAACAAUGGAUUUUCUGAGUAAAACACCAACGGGACGAAUACUCAAUCGAUUUUCAAAGGAUAUAGGAUCCAUUGAUGAAUUACCUUUUUCUCUCACUAAUUGUAUACAAAUUAUAUUGUUGACGAUAGGAAAUAUAACUGUAGUUGGAAUUGUAAAUCCCUAUCUGAUACUACCGUCAAUCGUUUUAGUAAUAUUUUUUUUUAAAAUAAAAAAAUAUUUUAUGAAAACAAUUCAAAAUAUAACACGUUUAGAAGGUGUUGCGCGAAGUCCUAUAUACACUCAUGUUACUUCAUCGCUUCAAGGAUUAGCAACAAUAAGAGCGUUUAAUGUAGAAGAAACUCUAAUCCAAGAAUUUACCAUUCAUCAAGAUUUACAUUCAUCGGCUUGGUAUUUGUUUCUGGCUUUAAGUAGGGCGUUUGGUUUUUGGUUGAAUAUAGGUGGCAUGAUCUAUAUAAGUGUUGUAAUAUUUUUUCUUAUACUGCUUAGCGAUGAUACAAAUAAGAGAUAUGUUGGACUGACCGUCUCACAAGUCAUCUUAAUGUCGACCAUGUUCCAAUGGGUAAUGCGGCAUACAGCAGACUUGGAAAAUCAUAUGACGUAUGUAGAAAGAGUUCUAGAAUAUACAAAUGUGCCACAAGAAGCAGUCUUUGAAACAACUCCAGAUAAAUUACCGUCAAUAGACUGGCCUAGUCAUGGUAAAAUUAUUUUCAAAAGAUUUUAUCUACGUUAUUCUUGCAACUCGCCAUUUGUUUUAAAUAAUCUCAACAUCGAAAUUAAAGCAGCUGAAAAAAUAGGAAUUGUCGGAAGAACUGGUGCGGGAAAAUCAUCUUUGAUUUCAGCAUUGUUUAGAUUAGCUUUUAACGAAGGUCAAAUCUUCAUCGAUGACAUAGAAAUUCACGAAUUGGGAUUACAUGACUUGCGAUCCAAAAUUUCCAUUAUACCUCAAGAACCAGUUUUGUUUUCAGGAACAAUGAGAAACAAUUUAGAUCCAUUUAAUGAAUACCCAGAUCAUGUUCUUUGGAAUGCUUUAGAUGAAGUAGAACUCAAAAACGUUGUGGAAGAUUUUUCUGAUGGCCUAAACACAAAAAUAUCAGAAGGUGGAACUAAUUUCAGUGUUGGACAAAGACAAUUAGUAUGUUUGGCUAGAGCAAUUAUACGAAAUAAUAAAAUACUCGUGUUAGACGAAGCCACUGCAAAUGUUGAUGUUCAAACCGACUCUUUAAUUCAAAACACUAUUAGAAAUAAAUUCCGUGAGUGUACCGUAUUAACGAUUGCACAUCGGUUGAAUACAGUGAUUGAUUCUGACAAAAUACUUGUUAUGAAUACUGGCAUGGUUGUCGAAUUUGAUCAUCCAUAUAUUCUAUUGAAAAAUAAAGAUGGAUAUUUCCACAAAUUAGUUGAACAAACUGGACAAAGCACUGCUCAAUCAUUAAAGACUUUGGCUUAUGAAAGUUACUGUAAAGGACAGAUGCCAAACGGACAACAAUUGUCAAGUAUUAACGAAGACGAAGAUUAAAUCAAAUUAUGAAUAUUUUACAGUAAUUUUUGUAUAAUCUAAUAGAUAUUAGAUAAUUAUUGUGUAUUUAGGUGAAUUAAAAAAUUAUUUAAAAUUGUUUUUUAUGUAUUCUAUAAAAAGUUGGAAUUUGUGAGUUUGUUGUUUUAGAUUCUGAAUGAAAUGAUGAAUUUAUUGAUUUUAUAA